UCAAAACACAGGAAAAUUUUCCGCGUUUUUCGUGAGUUUUCGUGAAUUUUCGUGCAACCCAGAGUUCUCAGAGUCUCCCCCGCAACUCCCGCCGUCGUUCCCGUCGAAAAAGAAGCUUGGAAAACCGUAGAAAAAGCACAAAACCGGAGCGCGAAGAAAAACCAGAGAUUUGAUAGCCCUUUUGCUGAGAUGACCACCCUUUUUGUGGGCCUUGCAUUUUGAGGUUAUGCACGACGAAGGUGACCUUGAAUGAUCAGCUGUUGGACGCCAAAUCGGAGGACCAAUCAGAAAUCAGAGUCAGAAAAGCCGAUUCUUUUUCCGAAAAGCGUAACUCCAUGAAUUUAAUUGAACUUUUUCUCAAUAUAUUCCACUAAAAGCGCAAUGAGUAGAUUGAAAUCGUGGACGAUAUUGGGUUUUCUGGGGUUUUUCGUUCACGGAGGGGCAGAAAAACCGCUAAAUAUGCUCCGUGAUCCGAUCGAACUGAAAGUACCGGACAAUCUGAAGAUGAAUGAUAUCAAUGAUUACAGCGAAGUGGUCCUCCCGGCGUACUCUCGGACCACCAUCCGGUUGACGAACUUUUCGCUGGCCGAUCAUCCGAGCAUGGGCUACGCCCUCGUCCAGCUGAACGCCUUCGAAUUUAACCUAACGCUCAGCUACAACACCACGAUCGUCGACGGAGGCCACCUAACGGGGCAAAAUCUGGGUCUGCUGAUGUACGAGGAUGGCGAUCUGUAUGCCUUCAACUUGAACCCGCAGCAACCGGUGUGGGUCUCGAUAGUACUGAUGAUCUACAACACAUCCGCUCCGGUCCCCGGAGGCUGCAACCUGGAGUUUCCCGUCGAAACAUCGCCCAUCCUGAAUGUUACGCUGACGCCUGCCUCCAUCAUCGUCGACACACCACCGGCCUCUGUAGCGCUCCAGUUUCGGAAUAACUCCUCGAAUGCUUGCGGCAAAGCGCGGCUCAAGUACGAAUCAUACUACAUUCAGAUGGCCUCCCAUGAUUUCUCUCAGCGCUCCUACUUUACUGCCCUUCGUUCGCUGAUGGCUUAUGCGACGGCGAUAACGACUGGCCACCAGAACACGCUUAGCUCACCGCUGCAUGUAAACCGGCACGAGUAUGGACGGCAACCGGGUAGAGGCAUGGUGUUCGUUACCGUUGUUACCGACUCCGUCCAUCGCGGGUUUUCCCUUUACGUUCCCGGGCACACCUAUUCCUGUCGACCGUUUGAUGAUCAGUCCGAUUGCUAUGGUCUUAACAUUCCUUGGCGCAUGGUGGCGCUGUUGAUGACACUGUUGGCUGCCCUGGAAGUGGUGAUGGGUUGGUUACCAGUUACCGUCAAAUGCCCAGCUAUGAUCGGGUAUCUGAUGGUACUUCUAAGCAUUGAGGGACUACAGCAUUUAGGCACGGUAGUGUCUACGAGCGCCGUCACUGCAACGCUGAUAACCGCUGCAUUGGUGGGAGCUGCCAUUGGAUUGUUGCUAGCCGCAUUUGCACCACAAGUCGCUAAGGUUUUAUGUGCAUUUGCUUCGGGGUAUCUGAUUGUUAUCACGCAGCUUGGAUUCAUUAGUGGAAAUCUCUUCACCAUACCGCUUGUAUCGGUCUACAUGUGGAUCGUGGCGCUGGUGAUUGGUUUGAUACUGUCGCUGACUCUUCCGAUCUUGCUUGUGACCCGCUCGGUAAUCUUCGGUGCCAUUUGUAUCUUCUAUGGCGUGAAUAUGGUCUUUGGAGCACGACUCGACUAUCCCUUAAAGCAUUCCUUCCUGCGACUUUCCGUAUCGAACUACAGUAGCGUCUAUGUCGACCCCAUGCUAGACGAGAUAGACGGUGCCGCGCUAGCAGCGUUCAUAAUCAUUCUGAUCGUAUGUCUGUUCCUACGAUCUCGUUACCAACCGGAGGUGGUUCAGAGUGAUUUCAAAACUGCAUGGAGCAGUCGCCAUUCCUUCAAUGAUGCGUUGCAUACGAGCACUGUUAUCUCGGCGGACGACGUAUUCGCUUAUCAGCAGUUUGGCAACACAAGCCAUCCACCGGUCAUCACACGAUGGACUAGUGGUGAUGAUGAUGUCUUUGAAUCUCCAAGAAGCAAUUAUCGCUUUUUUCAGCGCCUGAGAAGAUGAAUCUACAAUGAAUCUACAAGCAACCACAGCUGUGGUUGUUUCUACCUGGAAUAAGUCUCAAUUUUCACAUGUUUAGAUAAGGUUUAAUGCCUUUUGCAUGUCCGCGAACCCGUAUGUUUAAAGUGUCGAACUGAUUUUGUGAAUAGUUUCCCUUGUAUUGAGGAAUAAAAAAGAUAAUA